AUGCGCCUCGCCACGGUACUUUAUCUCGCCGGAGCCUACUUCCCGAGCACAAUUCUCGCACAGUCUACCACGGCUCCCGCGGUCACCGCCAACCCGCAAGGCGCUCAGUACAUCGCUACGCUUCCGAACAAUGCCACGUGGCCUAUGGGCAGCAUGGUUGUGAGCACAGCUCCAUCAGGCAUGGGCGUCAGCGUGCAGAUCAGUAUCAGCAACCUGCCACCUUCUGGUGGGCCGUUUCACGCGGUGUACUCGAUCAACAUGUUUCCCGUCAACGCGAGCGGCAAUUGUUCGAUAACGGGCGGCCCCCUCGAUCCCUACAAUGUCACAGAAGCGGCGCUUUGCGAUCCAAACAACCCAGCCACUUGUCAAGUCGGUGACAUGUCGGGUAAGCACGGCCCGAUCAAUGGCACAAAUUACGCGGCGAGCUACAAUGACGCAUACCUGUCUACUCAGCCAAACACGACUACAUUCAUGGGCAACUGUAGCCUCGUCGUAUACUUUGCGAACAAGACUCGCCUGAGCUGCGCCAACUUCACGGUACCCGGGCGAUCCUCUUCAAGUUUCGCCUCACCCAUUAUCCUGCAUGCUACAAGCGUUGGAGGUUCGAGCGCUGGAAACAUGCAGCCACUGGCACCAGGCGCCGGUAUAGGAGCCUCCACCGUAGCAGAUGUACAGAUAGCUACGGUGUAG